AUGGGGCAGGACGCAGGACACAAGGAGCAGGGCACGAGGAGUAUCACAGAGAUUGUGCUAGUGCUUUUCUUUGGAACGGAGUAUGUGGUCCGGCUGUGGUCGGCAGGCUGCCGCAGCAAAUAUGCAGGCAUCAGAGGACGCCUCCGCUUCAUCAGGAAGCCCAUAUCAAUCAUAGAUUUAAUAGUGGUCAUUGCCUCCAUCAUUGUGCUUGGUGUUGGGUCAAAUGGCCAAGUGUUUGCUACGUCAGCCAUCAGGGGCAUCCGUUUCCUCCAGAUCCUGCGUAUGCUCCAUGUGGAUCGUCAGGGAGGAACAUGGCGACUCCUGGGAUCUGUUGUUUUUAUCCAUCGACAGGAGCUGAUCACCACCCUGUACAUCGGCUUUCUGGGUCUGAUCUUUUCCUCCUACUUUGUCUACUUGGCGGAGAAAGAUGCUGUCGAUGAGGAGGGCAAGACGGGCUUCUCCAGCUACGCUGAUGCCCUGUGGUGGGGUGUGGUGACGGUCACCACAAUCGGGUAUGGAGACAAGAUUCCUCAAACGUGGAUUGGAAAAGCCAUUGCCUCCUGCUUCAGUGUCUUUGCCAUUUCUUUCUUCGCCCUACCUGCUGGCAUCCUGGGCUCGGGUUUUGCCUUGAAAGUCCAGCAGAAGCAGAGACAGAAACACUUUAAUAGACAAAUUCCUGCUGCAGCCUCCCUCAUCCAGACACUUUGGAGAUGCUACGCUGCAGAGAAACCAAACGGCUGUGCUACUACAUGGAAAAUGUAUGUCUUAACUGCAGAGGGUGUGGCUGCUGCAGAAGCAGACAACUGCAGUCCCAGCAUCAGGAAACUCAACAUAGCGCAUGUGACUUUCUCCUCUGUCUUUUCUCCUCCUGCCAUCUCUCUGUUGUUCAAUAGUCCUCCUCAGUUCUGA